AUGCCCCUCACGCCGCCUCUGACGACCUUCUCUUUCUCUUCUUUGAUACCCACUUUUUCCUCUCCGGCAGCAAGAACUGUCUGUCAUUUUUCGGCCUCUUUACACUCUUCACCUUCUCCCACCAAAUUUUUCAUCGCCUUCACAGCCGCUCGCACCUACGCGUCCGCGCCCAAGAAGAAAAAGAUGCCUCCCAAGAAGCAAGCCCAGGAGGUGAAGAUCCCGCUCGGCAGGCCAGGAAACAACCUGAAGACCGGUAUCGUUGGCCUAGCAAACGUCGGCAAGUCGACUCUGUUCCAAGCCAUCACCAAGUGCUCGCUUGGUAACCCCGCCAACUUCCCAUAUGCCACCAUCGACCCAGAAGAGUCGCGCGUCAUUGUCCCAGAUGACCGCUUCGACUGGCUGGUAGAGCACUACAAGCCCAAGUCGGUCGUUCCUGCCCACCUGACCAUCUACGAUAUUGCUGGUCUGACGCGCGGUGCCUCCACUGGUGCCGGUCUCGGUAACGCCUUCUUGUCGCACAUCCGCGCCGUCGAUGCCAUCUUCCAAGUAGUCCGAUGCUUCGACGACGCCGAGAUCAUCCACGUUGAGGGCGACGUUGACCCGAUCCGUGACUUGGACAUCAUCGCCGAGGAGCUGCGCUUGAAAGACAUUGAAUUCACUGAGAAGGCACUUGUUGCUCUUCAGAAGGAGACAAGGAGAGGCGGUCAGAGUUUGGAAAUGAAGAAGCUCAAGGAGGAGCAAGCCACAGUCGAGAAGGUCCUCCAGAUGCUCCAGGACGGCAAGGAUGUCCGGAAGGGCAACUGGUCACCCAAGGAGGUCGAGCACAUCAACCCUCUUUUCCUCCUCUCAGCUAAGCCCGUCGUAACUCUCGUCAACUUGAGCGAGAAGGACUACAUCCGCAAGAAGAACAAGCAUCUACCUAAGAUUGCCGAAUGGGUCAAGACCAACGCCCCUGGUGACCCAAUCAUUCCCAUCUCAGUACAACUCGAGGAGCGCCUCGCUGUUAUGUCUGACGCGGAGGCUGCCGAAGAGCUCAAGACCCUUGAGACCACGUCGGCGCUGCCCAAGGCCAUCCAGACCAUGCGCAAAGCUCUUCAACUUGGUAGCUUUUUCACCACUGGUACCGAUGAAGUCCGACAAUGGACGAUUAGGACUGGCACCAAGGCGCCACAAGCUGCUGGUGUCAUCCACGGUGACUUCGAGAAGACCUUCAUCCAGGCUAUCGUAUACAACUACAACGCACUGAGGGAAGAAGGAGAUGAAGCCACUUUGAAGGCAAAGGGCAAGAUUAUGACCAAGGGCAAGGACUACGUUGUCGAGGAUGGUGAUGUUCUCCUCAUCAAGGCUGGUGCCGCUAAGGCAUAA